UCGAGAUAGGGAGAGGAAACAGACAAGCAUGGAAUGUGUGAGGCGGCGACACCUAACGGCCCGGCCCGCGGCGCCUCGUGGUGGGCAGCCACAGUCGGAGGAUCGCCUUGGCCUCGGACGGGCGUGCCAUGAGCGCCUCCGCAGCCACAGGCACGAGGCCCCGCACCGCGCCGCCGACCCAGCAGCAAGACCUCCCGCAACACUAGAGGCUCAUAUAACAAUCACCGCUACGUUAUAGCCCCCGUUGGUUGUGUUGUAAUGAAUGUUAUUUUGACCACCAAGUGAGACAUCGAUGUUGUACCCCGGAUUGGCAGUGCAAGCAUUUUAGAUACCUGAAUUACGUGAUUAACACUAGUGGUCGCUCUGUGAUCAAUUGGAAUAUAUAAUCUGUGUUUACUUGCACGAUAUGUUUGUAGCGACCGUCAUGUGAAUUAUUUAAGCACUCAGAAACUUGACAAAAAACAUCAUCGUCAACAUCAUUGGUCGUUAAGGUCAUGUCUGGAGCAAGCUCGUGCAGCGUUGAGGCGGGGCGGUGGCUCGAGAGUGACCGUGGCAGCUUGUGUGGCAGGAAGUACGCACUGAGGCCCCGGACCGCCAGGAGGCUGCAUGAAGGAAGUAGCCACCAGGACCCGUUCGUGGUGUCAGGGAAAAGAACCAAGGCCAAGGCAGCGCCACUUUCAAGGUACCGCAGGAAGACCGCCAAUGCCAGGGAACGUUACCGCAUGAGGAAGAUCAACACUGCAUUCGACUCCCUUCGGAAUAUUCUCCCUUCGGCUCUAGCGGUGAAGCCUGCCUCCACCUCAUCCACCUUGACGAAAAUCACUACUCUCCGCCUCGCCGUCAGCUACAUCCGGGCCCUUUCGAAGGUUCUAGAAGAGGAGGAGAACACUACUGGCUUUUGUUCCAUCGACGGUUCAUUCGAGUCCAUACCAGCACCUGCUCAAGAAUCACUGUUUCUGAACACCCACUUUCCUCCACUGCAGGAUGCUACGUUUUCUUCUGUCAGUCAGUGGGCCUUGCCAUGGGUGACGCAGCUGCCCCUCCUGAGCCCGUCGUGCAAAAAUAAUUCCUCGACGUGUGCCUCCUCCUCCUCUUACUCCUCCUCCUCUGCACCACCUCAGUCUCAAGAGUCACCCACCAGUCCUUGCCACGAGGGAGGCAUCACCCCGGAUGACUCAAGUGUACACGGCAACCACAAUUUAUUACUCGAACUAGAGAACUUGUCAUCAUUUGACACAUUUGAUAUAUUGUAAUGUAUGUGUCUCAGUGACCUUAUUUAUGUAUUUAGACAUAGACGGUAAGCUCUUGAAAUUUAUGGCAAUGAAAUAAAAUCAGUGACGAUUAUUUGAUGAAAAAAAUAUAAAAACAAUUCUAAGUGUAUGUUACUACGUAUGUGUUUAUCGCUUGCGGAUUGAAGAAAGAAUGACACACGAGAUGGCAGGUGUUUGCGCCCCAGGGAGUGUAGAGAUCCUCCACUGUCCACCAUCACACACCAAACCAACCCUGCACUCGCCCUGUCUCUUCAUGCCAGUCCACACCGCAGAGCACGCCAGCUUGCCCGUGCCCACCUCCUCUCACCGCAGUCCCCACUCCGUUGUUGCCCUCGAAGGACGAACUCCAGCACCAUGCACACUUUCCUUGGCGCCACUGAUCAUUUAACUAAUCCUGUGCAAUAAAGAU